AUGUGGCUGCUGCUGGCGCUCCUGGCCCUCGCCGCCUCCCGGCCCUUGGCCCGCGCAGAGUCACAUUGGUGCUACGAGAUUCAAGCCAAGAUCUCCAAAACCUGCUUGGGGCCAGACCAGUGGGGUGAUGACUGCCAGAAGGACCGCCAGUCCCCCAUCAAUAUUGUCACCAGCAAGGCAAAGGUGGACCAAAACCUGGGACCCUUCUCCUUCUCUGGCUAUGACAAGAAGCGAAAGUGGGAAGUUAAAAACAGUGGGCACUCAGUGAUGGUGUUGCUGGAGGACGAGGCCACAAUUGCUGGAGGAGGACUGGCUUCCCAGUACCGGGCCAAGCAGCUGCACCUGCACUGGUCUAAGGUGCUGGACGCAGGCUCAGAGCACAGCAUUGAUGGGGAUCGCUUUGCCAUGGAGAUGCACAUAGUACAUGAGAAAGAGCAGGGGACGUCAAGGAACAAGAAAGAGGACCAGGACUCCGAAGACGAGAUUGCAGUGCUGGCCUUCCUGGUGGAGGCUGGAUCCAAGAAUGAAGGCUUCCAGCCCCUGGUAGAGGCGCUGUCUGAUGUCCCCAGACCUAAGAUGACCACCAAGAUGAAAAAGAACAUCAGCCUGUCAGACCUGCUUCCCGAGGAGGAGAAACUGAGGCGCUACUUCCGCUACCUGGGCUCACUCACCACACCGGACUGUGAGGAGAAGGUGGUCUGGACUGUGUUUGAGGAGACCAUUCAGCUCCAGGAGGAACAGAUCCUUGCAUUCUCUGAGAAGCUGUACUACGACGACAACGACAACGGACAGGAACUGAAAAUGACAGACAACAUCAGGCCCCUGCAGCGACUGGGCCAGCGCCAGGUGUUCAGGUCCCAGGCCCCAGGACGCCUGCUGUCUCUGCCGCUGCCCGCCCUGCUGGCCCCCACACUCACCUGCCUGAUGGCUGGCUUCCUCCGGUGA